AUGGAUAAUGAUGCAUUUGCUCGGGAAGAAAAAUUAUUAGCGGCAAAAAAGAAACUCAAAAAGUAUCAGAAAAAGAAAGCCAAUAAUGUGUCUUCAGUGGAUAAAAUUAAUGCUGAUUCUGUGACAACUAGUAGCACCAGAAGAUCAAGUAUGUCUUCAGAUGCGGGAAGUGUUAAAACAGAUUAUGCCGAUGGCAAAGUGUCAGAAAUCAUUACAAAUGUCGAAGAAAAUAUUUCACAGAAUGAUACAACAUCUAUUAUUACAGAAGUUGAGUCAAAUCAAAAUCAGUUACAAGAUGUCAACGAUCGUCAUCAUCAAACAGUCUAUAUACAACAACGCUCAUCACCAUCAACAAAUAAUUUAUCUUCACAUGGUUCAAUAGUUGAAGGUCUUCAACCAAUUGAUUAUCAUCAAUCUAGUGAAAAAGAGUCACAAACCAAUACUUUAACAACUCCAAUCAAUAGUAACACUUCUACAGAAAAUUCUUCUGAUGAGCAGACUAUCACUUUUGAAGGAUUAGCAAAUCUAUAUAGAAUGCAACAACAAACGAUUACAUUGUUGGUAGAAGAAAAGACAGCAUUAGAAUCUGAAUUGGAAAAAUAUUCAGCAAUGGCAAAUAGAUUCAAAAGUAGCGAGGAAUUAUUAAAGGAGGGACAAUUAUUGGUUGAUGCUUUAAGAAGGCAAAAUGAUGAAUUAGAAGAAAAGAUUCGAACUAUCGAGGAUCGAUUAAAAGAUGCAAACACGCAAAAUGAAAAAACAGUUGGGUCAUUGCAAUUACAGAAUACAAAAGUUCAACAACUUGAAAAUGACAAUAAGCAACUAUUAUCACAAUUAAACGAUAAAGAUUCCAUUAUAGAACAAUUGAAAACUGAAAAAAAUAAUCUUCUUUCUGCAUCUAAUCAAGUAGAAAAACUUCAAAAAAUAAUAAAAGAUAAAGAAGAGCAUGGCGAAAAGUUGGAAAUGGAAUUGUCAGACUUUAAAAUUCGAUUUAAUGAUUUGGUGCAACAAUUAUCAGAAAAACAAGAAAAAACUUUGGUGGUUGAACGUAAUUCUGACGAAAAACAAUCGAUAAUUGAUUCCACGAAUAAUCAAUUACAAUUAUUAACCAAUGAAAAAAAUGAAUUGCAACAAAGUCUUCAAUUGAUCUCUUCUGAACUUGAAUCAGAGAAAAUCGAAAUCACCGAUUUGACUGAUCAGUUAAAAUUGAAAUCUGCGAUUGUUGCAAAAAUAGAAUCUGAAAAGGAUAAUCUUUCUGCAGAGUUACAACAAGCAAAAACAGAUAAUCAUGAUUUGUCAUCACAAUUGACAGAAUUGAAGAAAUUGAGGGAAAAUGUCGCAGAAAUAAGUAAAGAUAAAUUGUUAUUAACAAAAGAAAUUAGUAAUGGAAGAUCUAGAAUAGCAGGAUUAGAAUCAGAGAUGAAAAGGUUGAUCGAAGAACUUGAUUUGACAAGGAAAUCACAUUCAGAAUAUGGAAUAAUUAAUAAUCAAGAAAUUGCUCACGAGAAGAAUAGGAGUAUGAUGAUUAUUCAAUAG